CUCUUUUCAAAUUGUAGGAGAGCAAGAAAUCCCAUUCCUUCAUAUUUAGUUAUACUUUUUUCCUUCUUAAAUAAAAGGAAGGUAAUUGUAAUUUACUCAAAGUUAAAGUGAUACUACUCUAACUUGUUAUUUUGAUUUUAUAGAAUUUAAAAAAAAAAAAAAAAAAUGGAGAUAGGAGAAACAAGAGGCGGCGUCAACAUUCUUUGUGAAAAGUAGAAUUUCUAAUUUCACAUGACAUGGAACUAUAUGUCAACGUUCUAGGAGACCUUUCAUUAUUCUUCCUAUAAUUAUUUUGUAAUUAUUCAAGGUGAAGUGUAUACAAAUUGGGGAGGGAAACCUAGCGAGAGCUUUAGUAAAUUAACUCGUCGGCGACGCCGUCCAGUCUGCCGAAAGAUUCAUUCCUUCAGGAUGGGGCCAGAAAUUGGAGAAAACGUGUUGAAGAAAUUAGAAUACUUUUCCCUGAUAUCUAAGGUAUGUUCUGAAUUGGAAGCACAUUUAGGGUUUGCUGAUAAAGUUUUAGCUGAAUUUAUAACUGAACUUGCUAGAAAUUGCUUUAAAGUUGAUGAAUUUGAUGCUAAAUUGAAACGAUGUGGUGCUGAAUUGCCUGAUUAUUUUGUAAGAACAUUGCUUACUAUAAUUCAUGCUAUUUUGCCUCCCAGUGUGAAGUCGAAAUCGGAGGAGGAGUUGGGGAAGGAUGAUAAUGGUUCUGAGUUUUCGGCUUUGAAGAUUAGAGAUAAUAGGGAUAGGGUUAAGGAAUUGGAGGAGGAGAUUGAGUUGGAGGCAAAGAGUAAGAAGAGAGAUGGGGAGGAAGAAGAACGGGAGAAUAGGCGCGAGAGGGAUAGAGGUUAUAGAAGAGAAAGGGGUAAUUAUGAUGAUGGUAGAGCUGAAUGUAGGGCUUCAGAAAGGUGUAGAGACGGGGAUAAAGAUGGAGAUGGAGAUGUAUAUGCAAAGGGUUGGGGAGGUGAUUAUGAGAAAGAUGAGGGUGAUGAUUGGAGGGAUAGGAGAAAGUUGAGGCAUCAUGUGGAUGAGCCGGAGUUAUAUGCAGUAUAUAAGGGGAGGGUAUCAAGGGUGAUGAAUUCUGGUUGUUUUGUUCUGCUGAAUGAUUUUAGAGGGAAAGAAGGGUUGGUUCAUGUUUCGCAACUUGCUACUAGAAGGGUCGUUAAUGCCAAAGAUUUAGUUAAACGGGACCAGCAGGUUUUUGUGAAGAUUGUCUCUGUUAGUGGGCAGAAGUUGAGUUUGUCAAUGAGAGAUGUUGAUCAGAAAACAGGAAAGGCGCUGCCAUUGAAGAAGAACUCAGGCUAUGAUGGGUUGACGACAAAUCCUUCAGGCAUGAGCAAUGAGGGUUCCAAGACCAGGAUUGGCCUGUCAGGAACCAGGAUUACGGAGCAGGAGGAUGGAGUUCCAUCACGUAGACCACUGAAAAGGAUGAGUUCACCUGAAAAGUGGGAAGAGAUUCAACUUAUUGCUGCAGGUGUCUUGGGGGUGCAGGAACAUUUUGAUGAAGAAGGGGAUGGAAUGCUAUAUCAGGAAGAAGGCGUUGAAGAAGAGAUUGAGGUUGAAUUGAAUGAAGACGAACCCCCUUUCUUGCAAGGGCAGAGUCGUUAUUCAGUUGAUAUGUCCCCUGUAAAAAUUUUUAAAAAUCCUGAAGGAUCAUUGAGUCGUGCUGCUGCACUACAAUCAGCUUUGAUAAAGGAGAGAAGGGAAGUAAGGGAACAGCAACAGAGAACGAUGCUUGAUUCUAUCCCAAAGGACCUCAACAGACCAUGGGAAGACCCAAUGCCAGAAACAGGUGAGAGGCAUCUGGCGCAGGAGCUGAGGGGUGUUGGUUUGUCUGCCUAUGACAUGCCAGAAUGGAAGAAGGAUGCUUAUGGUAAAGCCUUGACCUUUGGCCAGAGGUGUAAGCUAUCCCUUCAGGAGCAGAGGCAGAGUCUUCCUAUUUACAGAUUGAAGAAAGAACUGAUUCAGGCUGUCCAUGAUAACCAGGUCCUGGUCGUCAUUGGUGAGACAGGUUCUGGCAAGACAACACAGGUGACGCAGUAUCUAGCCGAGGCAGGGUAUACAACGAGGGGGAAAAUUGGCUGUACGCAACCUCGUCGAGUGGCUGCGAUGUCAGUCGCUAAGAGAGUUGCUAAGGAGGUUGGUUGUCGAUUAGGUGAAGAGGUUGGUUAUGCUAUUCGUUUUGAAGAUUGUACUGGGCCAGAAACUGUUAUCAAAUAUAUGACUGAUGGUAUGCUUCUGAUGGAGAUCCUGAUUGACGAUAAUUUGUCCCAGUAUUCAGUUAUAAUGCUUGAUGAAGCACACGAAAGAACAAUUUUCACUGAUAUUCUCUUUGGUUUGCUUAAGCGGCUUAUUAAGAGGAGACCUGACCUUCAUCUAAUUGUCACAUCUGCAACUUUGGAUGCAGAGAAAUUUGCUGGUUAUUUCUUUGACUGCAACAUCUUUACAGUCCCAGGAAGAACUUUUCCAGUAGAGAUACUCUACACAAAGCAGCCAGAAAGUGAUUACCUGGAUGCGGCUUUAAUUACUGUUAUGCAGAUCCACUUGACAGAACCUGAAGGUGAUAUCCUCCUCUUCUUGACUGGUCAAGAGGAGAUUGAUUAUGCUUGCCAAUGUCUCUACGAGAGGAUGAAAGGACUAGGUAAAAAUGUUCCUGAACUGAUCAUACUACCUGUCUAUAGUGCCUUGCCUAGUGAAAUGCAGUCCAGAAUUUUUGAUCCUGCCCCUCCUGGGAAAAGAAAAGUAGUUGUUGCUACAAAUAUUGCUGAAGCUUCUUUGACAAUUGAUGGUAUAUAUUAUGUUAUUGAUCCUGGAUUUGCAAAGCAAAAUGUCUACCAUCCAAAACAGGGUCUGGAUUCACUGGUUAUUACCCCGAUUUCACAAGCAUCAGCAAAGCAACGAGCAGGGCGUGCUGGACGAACUGGACCUGGGAAGUGCUACCGUCUGUAUACUGAGAGUGCAUUCCACAGUGAAAUGUCCCCUACCGCUAUUCCAGAAAUCCAGAGGAUAAAUCUCGGGAACACGGUUCUUAUGAUGAAAGCAAUGGGUAUUAAUGAUCUUUUGUCGUUUGAUUUCAUGGACCCACCUUCCCCUCAGGCUCUCAUAUCUGCCAUGGAGCAACUUUACACCCUUGGAGCACUGGAUGAAGAGGGACUUCUGACAAAGCUGGGAAGAAAAAUGGCAGAAUUUCCAUUAGAUCCUCCUUUGUCCAAGAUGCUUCUUGCUAGCGUGGACUUUGGCUGUAGUGAUGAGAUCUUGACCAUCAUUGCUAUGAUUCAAACUGGAAACAUCUUUUACCGACCAAGGGAAAAACAAGCUCAGGCUGAUCAGAAAAGGGCCAAAUUUUUUCAGCCUGAGGGUGAUCAUCUAACCUUCCUUGCUGUUUAUGAGGCUUGGAAAGCGAAAAACUUCUCAGGUCCAUGGUGUUUUGAAAAUUUUGUUCAGUCACGAUCGCUUAGGAGAGCACAGGAUGUCAGAAAACAGCUGCUCUCCAUCAUGGACAAGUAUAAAUUGGAUGUUGUGAGUGCUGGAAAGGAUUUCACAAAAAUCCGGAAGGCUAUUGGAGCAGGUUUCUUUUUUCAAGCUGCUAGAAAGGAUCCUCAAGAGGGUUAUAGAACUUUAGUUGAGAACCAGCCAGUUUACAUCCAUCCUAGCAGUGCUCUUUUCCAAAGACAGCCGGACUGGGUUAUUUAUCACGAGCUUGUUAUGACGACAAAGGAGUAUAUGCACGAGGUGACCGUGGUAGAUCCUAAAUGGCUUGUUGAGUUGGCACCAAGAUUCUUCAAGGCGGCUGACCCAACAAAAUUAAGCAAGCGCAAGAGACAGGAACGUGUUGAGCCUCUUUACGAUAGAUAUCACGAGCCAAACUCAUGGCGGUUGAGUAAAAGGCGAGCUUGAUAUCCUUUUUUUUUUUUGGUUCCAUGUUGGUUCAAUGAAAUUCCCAUUGUUUGUUUUUUCUGUAAAAGUAACAUAGAUUCUUCAUCCAUUUUGAUUUGAAUAAAAGUCCAACUGAGUGUAAUAGAAAAACUAAAUGAUAUGAUAAAAUACAUGUUACAUAGAUCCUUCGUCUGUUUUGAUUUACCUAGAUAAACAAGCAUGAUAUAUGUAUCAGACUAUUAGUACUUAGGAUUCUUUAAAAUACUCUUAAAAUUAAUGAAAAGCCCCAUGCUCCCAUACACUUGUAUUUAUUUGAACAUUCUUGCAAACAUUUUACCCUCGGAGGUAGCGGUAUGGACUGCGUACAUUUUCCCUCUGUGGGACUACACUGAGUCUGUUAUUGUUGUUGUUGUUGUAUUCCUGCAAACAAGUCGUCGUUACUUAAUAUAAAAAGCUACAUGUUCGGCCUCUGGCUUUCCUAAUAAAGUGUGCAGAACAGAGAUGGAUAUUCCAUCUUUUUCAAGGAAAUGCCUAAUGGACAACCAUGUUAAUGACAAGAAUGUCUAGGUGCAUAUGUAGACAUGAAUAGUCACAGCUAGGCUACGUCUCUUCUUUAGCAAUUAGAUUCGAUGCAUGCUCUUUUCAACUUCAGAUUGAAAAAAAAAAAAAGGCAGGACCUUAUGUCUUGAUCUAAUAUGGUCUAAAGACUAAAGAUAUCAAUACUUUGACAAUUUGCUGGAAGGCAAAACCAUGUUAUACUUCAGAUGCUAUUGUCUUCGGUGGGUGCCCACGAUCUCUCUUCAGUAUCAGCUUGAUUUUCUGCGUUUCCAUUUGGCCUAUAUAAACACAUCCAAAGAGGUGUCUACCGCCACAGCCCUCAACAAAAUUUGAACUUAAUCAAAGUUUUUUCUAAUUUUGAGGUCUUGCUAGUUCUUAUUGUCCUUCUUUGCUCAUCUAAACUAAAAGAUCAUGGCUAUCCGUGUGCCUCGUAUGAUCAAGAAGUCUUUUACAUCUGGAGAUGUUCCCAAGGGCCAUUUUGUUGUAUAUGUAUCCCGAUAUCAUUCUUGAACCAACCUUUAUUUCAUGACUUGCUCAGUCUAGCUGAUGAAGACUUUCGCUUUGAACAUCCAAUUGGUGAUCUCACAAUUCCCUGCAGAGAGGACGUCUUCAUCGACCUCACUUCUCAAUUAAGGAACUGAAAAACAAAACUUUCUAAACAGUUUGUAAGGUAGUAAAGUAGGAUACACAAUCUGUACAGAGAACACAAAUUUUUAUGUUAGACUAGAUAGAUUUAGUGCAACUUUAGCUCCACAAAGACUGAUUGUUGGUCGAUGUCAAAGGACAAAUGACUUAAUUUUUUCUACUUCAAAGAACUUGAAGUAUUGAAUGAAUGAUGGUUCUAUUCAUUUAGUAUUGAAUUUUUUUUCCUCCUAAUGAUUCUCUAAUUCCUCUCAUAGAAUAUUUGUGCUAAAAUCUCAUGUGUAGCUGAGCCAGGAUCAAGUUUAAAGUGGCCCAAACUGGUCGCAUUUUCAGGAAACAUGGUUCCUUUUGUUCAUGUUCUUACAUUUAAAGUUGAUCCAAUUCACAUCAAUCAUUUUUUACUUGAGGAGCUCCUAGCUGGCUGCAACACAAGUUAACAGCAUCCACAGGUCAAUCUGUCAUCAUUUAUUUUAGUACUUUUGAAACCUCCACUUAAAAUUUUUAUCCCAGUUAUUAUGAUUAGGCCAUCUUUUGGUUUAAUUCAGGUUAAGAAGCACCUGAACAUCCCACUUACAUUGUUCUGUUGGUAUGUAGUGAUGGAUAAUCCAUAUGUUUUUUUUAGAAUGAAUAAUUCCUGGAACACGAAGAUAAAGGUAGGGCCUGUUGUCUUGAGCGGAUGUGAGCUGAAGUUACCAAUACUUUGGCAAUGAGUUGAAAGGCAAAACCAUGUUACUUCAGGUGCUAUUGUUUUCUGCUGGUACCCACAUAAUAGUGACAAACAGGACUCUGUUAGUCGUCAUUGUCCUUUAUAACCACUUCCAAGGUGUCUACCUCUACAACUCUCAUCGACGCUUUCUCUGCUUUUGAGGUCUUCAGUAUUUUCUUCUUUCUUUUCUCAUCUGUGCUAAAGCUAAAAACAAUGGCUAUUCGUAUGCCUCGUAUAAUCACUAAGUCAUCCACAUCUAGAGAUGUUCCCAAGGGAUAUUUUGCUGUGUAUGUUGGGGAGGAGCAGAAGAAGAGAUUUGUGAUCCCCAUAUCAUUCUUGAACCUACCUUUAUUUCAAGACUUGCUUAAUCAAGCUGAGGCAGAAUUUGGUUUUGAUCAUCCAAUGGGCCGUCUCACAAUACCCUGCAGCAAGGACGUCUUCAUUGACCUUACUUCUCGUUUGAGGAGCUGAUAAAGAAACUUGCUUUCACAUUUUUGUAGAACAUUAAGGCAGGAUUUGCAGUCUGUAAACUUAGGACUUAGAGAAAACAGUAGUUGAUGUUAGAAUGAGAGAUAUUACUAAAGUCUGACUUGUUAGAUUAGUGAACUUAUCUCCAUAAAGGCUGAUUGUUAUUCAUGUAAAAGAGAUUAACACUUUUUUUCUACUUCAAAGAUCAAUGAAGUAUUGAAUCUCUA